AUGGUCGAAGCACUGGGAGCAAUGACAGAAGGUGGAGCGGUAGGAAUCGGCACCGCGGGAGAAAGAAAGGCACAACGGAGGGAAAAAGAAGGAACGAGACGUCGAGAAUGCCAUCCUGAUACCACUACUACUACCGCAGAUAUCAGUGAUAUGGCCCAGUUGAUUAACGUCAAGCUCUCGAGGUUCGACGGAUCGCCCUGGGGCUUCCGUCUUCAGGGGGGCAAGGAUUUUGGCACCCCGCUCGUCGUACAAAAGGUUAAUACCGGAUCACCGGCGGAAGCAGCUGGUCUGAGGGCCGGCGAUGCAGUUAUUAGGGUCAAUAACACGGAGGUGUACAAUCUCAGGCACAAGGACGCGCAGGACGUUAUCGUGAGAGCUGGGAACAACUUCGAGUUGACCAUACAGAGAGGCGGCGGCACUUGGAAACCGCACGUAACUCCGAUCAGCUCGAGCCUGCCGUCGCCAUCGCCUACCGGCGGCCUCGGCAAUAUCGCUCCAGUUACGAAAACAUCGUUGGCGGCCAACAAGAAGGACGGAGCGCACAUCGGAAGUGGGCACAACUUCAGCCCAAAACCAUUCCUCAAUGGAACGGGAGACGGUUCGAUCAAGUCCAUCGUUAACAAACAAUACAACAGCCCGGUGGGCAUCUACAGCGAGGAGACCAUCGCGGAGACUCUUUCCGCGCAAGCGGAAGUUCUGGCCGGCGGCGUGCUCGGGGUGAACUUCAAAAAGAACGAGAAGAACUACAACGCGGAGAACAGCGAAGUGUUCAAGAUGGUCCAGGAAGCGGACAAAGAGCCAAAGACGCCGGAACCUGCGGAGCCAACUGCGCAGAGCGGCGCAAUUACGCCGUCCUCACCGGCCCUGGCAGGACUGAGGCCAGUCUCGGCACCGGAAACCAAGCAGCAGCAACCGUCCACGCCGCAGUCGAGCCUUCCACCUGGACAGAACAUUUGUGCCGAAUGCGAGAGGCUCAUCGUAACAGAGUUUUACUCGUCGGUGAGCCAUGCUGUUGGCGGAAGGGCUACUUCGCCGAGAUCACCCACGCCUCUGUUUCAUGCUCUGCACGGUAGUCCGGCCUUCAAUUCCAAUGAAUGUCCGUCGUCGAAACGUCCAGCGCAGCGGCAGGAGUCCUCUUCUUCCUCCCCGGCGUCGUCGGGCGUUCGUUGUAGCAACUGCGACCGAGUGAUCGUAGGCGUCUUCGUAAGGAUCAAGGAUAAAAAUCUACACGUAGAGUGUUUCAAGUGUUCCACCUGCGGCACUUCCCUGAAGAAUGUCGGCUAUUACAAUAUCAACAAUAAAUUGUAUUGCGACAUACACGCGAAAUUAGUCGCCAGACAAAACGCACCAGCUGGCUUGGUUCCAAUUACCAUACCGCCAGGCGGAAAGGCUCCUGCGAGUACGAUUUCCGCUGCUCUCGCGAACGCGCCGUUGUCCCCGCCAUUGAGCAAUCACACGUCGUCGCCUCAACCAUUCUCUGCUCCAACGUCGAACAACUUGAUUGGUCCUAAACCGUUCGGAGGAUCGAGUACCGUGUCAUCGCCGCCGUUGCUGAACUCAGGAAACAGCACUCUACCUCGACCACAGAGUCAGACUGUGACCGGUACCGGAGUCGGUGGUCUCGGUGGUGCCGGGUCGAAGAGCGGAACUUUCGCUGGCAGCAGCGCGCCAAAGCGAGGAAGGGGCAUCCUAAAUCAAGCAAGUGGACCGGGAUCACGAUUGCCCCUCUGCGCCCAUUGCAACUCUUAUGUCAGUAACUUGAAUUGGUUAUCCUGUUCUGACGUGAUUAACAAUGUUAAACUUGUUUGCACGAUGUUAACAGCUAGCGAAGAGAAUACUAAUCACAAGUCAAACGGUCUCAUCAUAAAACCAAUGUGCUGUAAAAACGACAAAGAGUGCAUAAGGGGGCCGUUCAUCACCGCUUUGGGACAAAUCUGGUGCCCCGAUCAUUUCGUGUGCGUGAACACGCAAUGUCGCCGGCCUCUCCAAGACAUUGGAUUCGUAGAGGAAAAGGGACAACUCUACUGCGAGUACUGCUUCGAACGUUUCAUCGCUCCGUCUUGCAACAAAUGCAACAACAAGAUCAAAGGCGAUUGUCUGAACGCAAUUGGAAAGCAUUUCCACCCUGAAUGCUUCAAAUGUUCCUAUUGCGGCAAAUUAUUCGGCAACAGCCCAUUCUUCCUCGAAGAAGGAUUGCCCUAUUGCGAAGCAGAUUGGAACGAGCUGUUCACGACGAAAUGUUUCGCGUGUGGAUUCCCAGUCGAAGCUGGAGAUCGCUGGGUGGAGGCCCUGAACAAUAAUUACCACAGCCAGUGUUUCAACUGCACGAAGAAAAAAAAAAGAAAAGAAAAAAAAUAGGAAAAGCGGAAAAACAUUACUAUGAAAACGCGUAUCUCAACUUUACGAGCACGAAUCCUUUCUGCGUAAAUUGUAUUUUACCGUGA